GCUUGGUUUGUGACAGAAGCCUACCAACCAGCGCGCCCGCCUGCCCAGUAGAGGGAGCGAAAAUCAUGCUACAGCUGCUGCGGUCGACACAUCCGCACGAGGCGUUGUUUUCAGACCUACUUGGGCAUGCGCGGAAGGGCAAAAGCUUGCCACUUCCGCCUUUGUUGGCAUGGUCCGAUGAGCUGACAACUACACGCCGAUCCUGCAGCGGUGGGAGUCGCCGAGGUGUGGAGGAAGGCAGCGGCCAGUGUCUCUCUCUCAGUCGCCAGGAGGGGGACUCGACCGGCGGAGGUACGCAUGGGUUGCCGUCCAAGUCGCCGGGCCGCGUCUUGCGUUCGUGUGGCGGGAGAGGGGUCGUGGCGAGUCCGAGAGGGGGAGGCUUGCAGGCUCGGCAGCGACGCUGAGGGCUCCACGAAGCUGAGACAACGCAGCCGACGAAAGGGGUCGGGCAAGAAGAACAGCACCUCAUGGGCCCGGUACUCGGCACCCCCCGGGGACAGCCAGUUCCCCCCUCACAGCUGCACCACCGCCACCUACCAUGACGGGUGCUGGGGAGGCACUUCGCGCAUCACGGUGAGACUGUCCAAAAACGGCUCGACGCUGGAGAUAGAGAAAUGUGAGUUCCAGAACAGCGACGAUGACGAUGGUUACCGGUUAGGCGGCGGUGGCGGGGGGACAGGGGAUUCGUUGCACGGGCAUGAGGGAAACGGUUCAGUUCCCUUGAGAACGCAGAGCGCCCCUGAUCUGAGCGGUUUCAACCUCAGAAGAGAUGACAGCAGCGACGACUGGUCUGAGCAGCGAGGCCGGCUGUUGCCGCUGCCGCCACCGCCACCGUACCGCCUUGUCGCCCGCUGGCCUCUCGCCGCGGUGGAACCUUCCCCAGGAGACGGUCUUGUGUCCGGUGCUGGGUCCGUUCGCACCACUGCUUCCGUGGAGGUGGACGUGGAGCGGGAGCAUGAUCUCACGCUGAGUUCCAGUGACCUCGGCGCCACUUCCGGUGACAUCCCGGCCAGGGGCCUUGCGCACAACAGCCACCAGCUUUCAGGCAGCGAAGUUGCCUCCUCGUCAAGGAGCCGACCCCAAUCAGGAGCGAUGUGUCUGGUAGAAGAAGAGCCAGCGUGUGAAGGUUCUGUUGUUGUGAGGGCUGCUGCUGCAGCAGCAGGGUCCUCUGCCUGGCAAGGGGUAACUGUAGGGUCGCUGGUGUCGACGCCAAAAGCCGCGGAGCUCGUGGACUUGACCCUGUGCUGCAGCGGCGGGAGGUCCGGCUGCAUGGCCACAGCGGGCUGUCAGGUGUCCAGCAGCGAUGACGUGCGAGGUGUCCGCCACCCACACCCGCAUUCCCACCUGUGUGGUAGUGGUGGUAGCGGCGCGGGAAAUGGAGUGGUGGCGGGCAAGGACUCCGCCGGUCACGUCAAGAUGUCGUGGUGCCGCGGUGGCGUCAGGGGCACCGUCUCCAGGGUGGCCUCCAACGGAAGCGGCAGCUGUGACGCUCAGGUGAGCGAUGACAUCGACGACGAUUCCUCCACCGACACGGGCUGCGGAUCGGACGACAACGGCAGGAUCGGAUCACUAUCGAGGAUGGAGGUGGGACCGGCCUACGUCCAUGCGGAUUUCAGAAAUGAUUUUGAUGAUUUGUUUGAUGACACCAGUCCAGGCAGUGAUAAGAGAUGACCGUGACAAGAGUUAAGUCAAUGAACUCAAAACAGGCUGCUAUUUAUGUGUACAGAGUUUAUUACUGAAAAUGCUGUUAAAGAAUUUAAUUGCUAGUUCUCAAACAAUCAUGUCUGACCUGUGUGAUUUGGCGAAAAAUAAAGUGUGUAAUACAAAAGAAGGAUCUGUUCAUGCUGUGGCUAUGUGACAGACCACAUAGCAACCUUAUCAAGACUUGUCUAAAAUGUUUUUAUCAGUCUUAUCAUUCACUUGACUUUUAGAAAGCAUUUUAUUGGGUGUCUUUCCCCCAAAAUCGAAAGCCAUUGCUUUAUAUGUGGAUGAUGACUUAUGGUCUGACAGGAGUGAUUCAUUUGUAAGAUGAAUUUCUUCAGGUUUUUUUUUUACAAUUGAUCAUUGUUUGUGUUUCAAUUGUGAUGCAUAUUUGAUUUCAUCAUCUGGUUUAAAACUCUAUUAAUUUGUCAUAAUUUAACUCACAUGGCUGAUAAUUUUUCAAAAAUUGCUGAUUGCAGCACCUGUUUGAAAGAUGUUUAUUUUACAAACAGUUCUUAGUGUCCGUGAUUAUUUCAGUAAAUAAUGUUACAAGUCGAAAUAAAGCAUGUUUUGAAAAGUCAGAAUGAGGCUCUUUAAGGUAUCACUUUUUGGUAAUUCAUUUAUCAUGGAUGUAAAUGAACUAAAGCUUUCUUAGAACAGGUGUUACACCCUGGAUUACAAAGUUGUAACCCCUUAACUCCUUUCUUAUAAAUGCCACUACCUUCCUUGAUUUAUGUUUAAACAAAAUACUACAGCAUUCUGUAGUUGCAUAGUAUGAGGUCAGUAGUUACAAAGCAAUAUUAUGUCUUUACUCUGGGACAAAGUGGAGAAAUCAGGAUCCAAGGUAUUUCUGCUGCUGCUUCAUAAGUACAGCCCCAGGGAAAAGUCUUUGGGUGGUGUGGAUGCAGGGGGUCUUUGUAACACUGCUUUAUAACCAAGGCAAGGUGCUGAUUUCCUCACUUUGCCACAAGUAACGACUGAAGAUUCACUUCAUAACUACUUCUUUAACAUGAGCUAAGGUAACCAGAUGGGAAAGUCAGCCCGGUGAAUAGAUUACAUGAUUGCUCAACAGUGAAAAGGUCCAUGAAAGUAAUAUUAAAGUUACACAUGUUUGCCUGCAAGUGAGAGAGAGAGAUGGGGAAGAGAAGAUUGCAUUGUGAAAUCUUUAUCAUAUGUUAAUCUAUGAAAGUGUUGCCAUAUUUUGUAAAUCCAUUUUCCCAAUUACCAGAUUUUGAUUACUGUUCUUGCAGCAUAGUUGAAAUUGAGCCACAAAAAUGGUGAAGAGGAAACCAAAGUGGCUGAAAAUGCCUCUGAAUGUAAAACUGCUGGUACAGAAGUGACGUUCUCAGCAAAUGUUGGCACUUGGUAAAUCUGCUGUUUCUGUAACAAUAUAGUCUUUAGGAACUGCCACAUGCUGAAGUCCUUAAAGUUACAGAACAUUAUAAUUUUUUUUUAUGACAGCACAAGUUCUAAAUUAUUUAUAUAUCUGAGGAAACAAAAUAUUUUGGUCUUUGGCAGCAUUUGGUUACCAGCUGAUUUUACAGACAUGUCAUGUUGAAAAAGGACAAUGCUGUGAACUCUGAAAAUUAGAUAAAACACAUGCUGAGAGUACAUGGCGACAGAAUGUCAUUUCCAUGACAUCGGAAGUGGAAAUAACUAGAUACCAGACUACGAUAACAGACUGAGGAGUAAAAAUAUUUCCCAUUGAGAUUAAUUGAUCUUCAUAGCAGAGCUGAGAUAAAGAAAGAUAUGAAGAGAUUUUUUAUGUACCUAAUUAUACCGUCAUGUGGACUUACAAUGUGACACCUAUCAUUUUGUGGAAAUCUACUAAUUUAAUGCACAAAACAAGGUAUUCAACUGAGGGAUGAAUGUUCACAAUCAUGGGCAUUUACCCAUGGUGUUUAAUCUAUGACAUCAUCAUAAAAGUGCUCCUUUAUACCACUUACAAACAUCCAAACUUUUUUUGUUUUUCUUUUUUGAUCUGUUAAAAUAAUCUUCUGAUCACGAAGCCAGUAGCUGAAGAUGUCUUGAAUAUGCUUUGCUGUCUUGGUGAUCCUCAGUGUAGAGAUGCAGCACUGUUUUCAUAUCAUAGUGGUUUUAAAUGUUGGGCUGUGAUGUUCGAAUCAUCAUAUAUCCUUAGACAGGUACUAGCUAAUACCAGGUAAACUGGCCUGCCUGUUGUGAUGUUUGAAUGCCACUGAACAAAGCUAGUUAUUCAUGGGUGGACCAAGUGAUGUUUUGAGAAAGUGUGCAUGCAUGUGAAAGAGAGUUGAUAUUUAAGCUUAUAUAUGAUGUGAUAUCUCAGUUGAAUGCUUCACAAUCAACCUUUACUCUAGCAAAAUACAUUAUCAAUGGAAGGUGAUAAAAACAUUAAAGGACCAGUGAGAUGCAAAUUUGUUUUCUAUUGAUUAUAUAAAGGUGAUAUUUAUAUUCAUUCAGAUAUGGCGAAAUGGUAUCUUACACUGAGAUUUAUCCAAUUAUCAGAAUACAAAUUUGCACCCCACUAGUUCUUUAAUAUGAGAAACUGAACUUCAUGAAAUUAGUAAGUUUGGCUGAUGAAAUCCACUUUUGUGUAUAUCCAUGGAGCACACAUGUUUUGGCUGUUUGCAAAAAUGAUUAACAUGCUUCCAGUGUGGACACUUAAGAGACUUUCAGUAGCUUUGUUAACUUCAUUUUCACAAGAUUUUAAGAUCACAUAUAUUUACUUUCAAGUCAUAAUUGUUGAUCUACUCUGAUCACUCUUUCUUUAAAUUUCACUCUAGAAAUAAAACUACAAUCAGUAUUGAUAUGAACCCAAUUUUAUUCUAUUUUCCUGUUUGGUGCUGCUAGCUUUAUAUUAGAUUACUUUUUUAAUUGAAAAAAAAAAAAACCCAUCGUGCAAUGUUGUUGGCCAUAUUUUGGUGUUAUUUUUUUCGAAUGGGAUGAAAAUAAUCUGUAACAUUUGUUACAAACAAUAACAAGAUUCCAUUUUUUAUGCUGUAAGACAUGGGAGUGAUGUUUUACUGUAUUGUAAGCUUCUGCCUGUUUUCCUCAAUGCAUCAGUUCAUAAUAUCGACCUCAAUUUUUGAGUGGACUCUGCCAUUGUGCAACAUAUGUGAUAGCUUUUGUUUAUGUAGGCUAGUUUGUGAGCUUGCUAAAAAUAUUUUAGAAAUCUUGUUGCUUUAUAAGCUGGGAUGUUACAAAGAAAAAUAAAUAUCAUAUAUGUAAGCCUUUAUUGUUUUACUGUUCUCAAGAUAUAUAUGUUGCAAUGAAACUGAUACUUGAUGCACCAGCUGUACAAAGAUCUAGGGAGAUCCAAAGGAAUGGUAAUAAAAGUAUGUCAUCAAAGAAGUGAGGGUCAUGAUCCGGGCAUCUCUGGCACACACUAGACAUUGGAUGUGAGACCUGCAUAUUAGGGUAGACUUGCU